CUACCACCUGGAUAAGUGGUUUUCGUGACCUUUUUAAGAAUAGUAAUAUCGCAGCUUGUUGAACAUGCAGCUGCUUGCACAGCGUAAUGCUCAGCGCGCUGCUGUGCAGCGUCGCAACGGACAGCUUAGUCCUUUGUCGACUCGUGCUCGCUGUGGCAUAACUUCCUAUGGAGCAGCUAGGUUUGUUGCUGGAAGCCGGAGGGCAGCAUUUCGCGUACAGGCGCAAGCCCAGACCGCUGUCGCGCCUAGCAGCGCGCUGGCCGUGGGCACUAUUGCGCUGCGCAAAGCUGUCUCUCAGACAGCAUACAAGGGGACCAACGUCUUCGUUGCAGGGGGCCAAGGGCAACUGGCGAUCCGCGUUAUCCGUGACCUACUUACUGCCGGAUUCAAAGUCACCGCUGCCGUGUCCGACCCCGCUGCUGCUUCCGCCGCGGUGGCCUUCUUCACGCGCUACGAGCUGCUAGGCAAGACGGCCGCAGCCAACUUGAAGCUGGUACCGCUGGGGGAGCUGCUGGAGGCGGGAGAGGAGGGGCAGCAGGCGUUGAAGGGGCUGCCCAAGCGGGCUAAGAUUGUGGUGGUGGAGGGCGAUGAGGAGGGUCGCAACAAGACAGGGGUCAAGGAGGUUCAGCUGGCCCUGCGUCUGGCUGAGGCCACCUCGGCCUCCCAGCUACUGCUGGUGUCCACCGGGGCUGCAGGGGCAGGGGCGGUUGGGGUGGCGGUUGGGGUGGGCGGUCUGCUAGGAGGGCUGUUCGGAGGUAGCAGCAGCAGCAGCAAUGGUACGGGGGCUGGCGCGGAGGGCAGUGGUGAGGGAUCGGAGGGACGGCCGGUGGAGAAGCUGACAAAGAUUGAGCAGAUGGUGGCGGAUAGCGGUCUGCCUUACAGUAUUGUUCGCGUGUACGGCAGUGAUCGUACGGCAGACGGAUCCGAGCCCGGCAGCUACCUGGCAAUCGGGUCGCUGGGCUCACUGCCUUCCACCCGGGUGGCCUCGCGGGCACAGGCGGCGGUUGUGGUUUCGGAGGUUCUCAAGGCCCCCGGGCCCACCAGCGGGCUGGUGUUUGAGGUUGGGGCAACCACGGAGGAGCAGCGCGCCCCCGCAGACGCGGUUGCGGAGAUCAUCGCCGCUGCCGAGUCAGCUGCUGCUGAAGCUGCUGCUGCUGCCGCCGCGGCUGCUGCCGAGGCUGCCAGUGCUGCCGGCGCCGCUGCUUCCUCCUCCCCCGCUGCUGCUGCCGAGGGCUUGUUCGCCGGCUUUGCGGGUGUGCUGCCGGCACGCAAGGCCGCUGCUGCUGCUGAGACUAACGCCGCAGCAGCCGCAGAGGCCCAGCAGCGGCAGGAGGAGGAGGAUGCCGCAACCGCCGCCGCCGCCUCGGCCACUGCGGCUGCCGGCAACGUCUUCCUAGGUUUCGGACUGCCGCUGAAGCUCGCCUCAGCUGCUCCGGCGAAGCAGGCGACGGCGGCGGCGGCGGCGGAGGAGGAGGACCGCCAGGUGAAGACUGCGGAGCUGCCGGCAGUGGGCACUCGCAGUGCUCGACGCGCCGCGGAGGCACGUGCCGCCGCCGCUGCCGCUGCCGCUGGUGGCGCCCGCCGGAAGGGGGCGGUUUCGGAGCCGGAGGAGGUGGUUGUGGAGGCGGCUAAGAAGGCGGCAGGCACCGGCUUUUCCUGGUUUGGAACGGGCAAGGUCGCAGCUAAGAAGCAGCAGGAGGAGGAGGAGGAGGAGGAGCAGCCUAAGAAGGCAGGUAGCGGAUUUUUCAGCUUUGGAACCGGCAAGGUAGCGGUCAAGAAGCAGCAGAAGGCGGAAGAGGAGGAGGAGGAGGCUCCUAAGAAGGCUACAGGCAGCGGCUUCACCUGGUUUGGAACGGGCAAGGUCGCAGCCAAGAAACAACAGCAGGAGGAGGAGGAAGAGGAGGAGGAGCAGCCGGCUAAGAAGCCCGGGUUCUUCAGCUUAGGAACGGGCAGGGUCGCCGUGAAGAAACAGCAGCAGGAGGAGAAGGCAGCAGCGGUGGCUCCCAAGCGAGGAGGCACCGCAAUGCGCAGCAGCAGCAGCAACGGCCGGGCAGCAGCCGCUGCCACAGCCGCACCGCCUAAGCGCAGGGCCCCGGAGCCGGAGACCCCGCCCACUCCCUCCAAGCGGGCCUCCGCCUCCGCCUCUGCCUCCCCGACUGUCGUACGCUCCCGGCCUGCCACCCCCGAACCCGCUAAGAAGCCCUCACCGCCAACAUCUAGCAGCAGCAGGAGCAGCAGCAACCCUAGCAAGAGCAGCAGCAGCAGCUCCUCCUCCUCCGGUCCCACCUACAUUCCCGGCACUCGUGGAGCCCGGUUGGCGGCGCUGCAGCAGCAGAAGGAGCAGCUCAAACAGCAGCAGCAGCGGAAGAAGUGAGAGCAGCAGGGGUGCGGGUAGGAGGGGAGGAUUAUUGGAGCAGGAGAGGGAGCGGAAGUAGAGCAGAGGCGCAUGAUGGUAGGGGCAUAGCACGGAGAUUGAUGAUGGGUGAUGAGUGAGGCGCGAUCAGGGUGCUUACUAGUGUAUCAGCAGGGGAUGCCCAGGGUGUGCGCUGCUCGUGGCGACAGUAGCGUGCACGGUUUUAAGGAGAGGUGGGUGGGGGGGGGGUGAAAAGAAAUGCCAAACCACAUAAGUGAGAGCAAGACAAAGGGGAUAGGUGGCGGGGGAGGGAUUGUUGCAUGAGUAUGGAUUGGCUGUGGAGCAGAGUAGCGCGAUAGACGCAUGGAUGGACGAGUGUUCAGCUCCAAGAGUUCCGGCAUCGUGUUAUUGUUGUUGCUAGAAGGCUAGGUAGGUGUGCCCCGCAACGGUGAUCACAAGACACUUUUUUACUGCGUGCAAGCGGUGCGUGGGCGAUGCAACAGGCAUGCAUGGGCGAGGUGCAAAGCUACCUGUUGAGCUGAGAGGCCGGCUGCGUGGAAGGUAUGCGAGUAUACCUACCUAUCGUGAUCUUUCGUGAGGACCCUUGCCCCGUGAGUCUGAUGUGUGGCGACCCCAGCGGAACCGUGGGGAGGGAGGUCUGCUGCUGCCUAGAGCAAGCCCUGCUGGCUUUUGUUCCUUUUUCCUAACCAUGGCAGGUUUGGUGCCGCUCGGACGCAGCAGCAUUCUUAGAACGAGAAAUGUGUCAUUACAUCGUGACCCACGGGUCAGUACCGCGGUUGUGCGGUUAUUGUUGCCUAGAGCCAGGGGCGAGCUGCACUACAGGUGGGCAGGUGUGGUGGGGUCCAUGUGUUGGAUUUUGGAUUUUGAACUGUAGUGCCGCUUAUAUAGAGAAGAAAACUAACGAUUUUCAGGUGAGCACAAUGUGUUUUGCUUAGGAGGGAGAAUACCAGUAAGAGGGCAAGAGAAGUUGAGAAGCUGGUACGAGUAUAUAAUUGUUACAAGCUGCUUACUUC